GAGUUUCGGUGAGUAGGAAAGAAGGGGAAGGACCGAGCCGAGGGAGAAAAAAAAGCGGCUCUUCAAAGUCACCUAAGUCAUCACGAGUUGUGCUUUUCUUUUUGUUAUAAAUGAAUUUCGUCGAAGUUAUCGUCGGUUAACGUUUCUCCAGGUGAGUUUUCGGGGAGUUUUAACUUCCACAGGAAACAGACGGUUUUAUUCUCAGCUGCUAGCUCGCAGCCCGUCAAGGAAAGACCUCCAACUUCCUGCUUAAGUUCAGUCAGGAUGUCAGUCACCCCUCGACGUGUCCGCCUCAAGCCGUGGCUGGUGGCUCAGGUGGACAGUGGACGAUACCCCGGUCUGGUGUGGAUCGACCGCGAGGCCAUGCGCUUUAAGAUCCCAUGGAAACACGCCACACGCCACACACCCCAGCACGAAGAUGAGGACACCAUAUUUAAGGCGUGGGCUGUAGAGACUGGGAAGUUUCAGGAGGGAGUUGAUGAACCUGAUCCAGCAAAAUGGAAAGCUCAGCUUCGAUGUGCCCUGAACAAAAGCAGAGAAUUUAACCUAGUCUAUGAUGGCACCAAAGAAGUUCCCAUGAAUCCUUUGAAGAUAUAUGAUGUCUGUGACAUCCCACAACCCCCCAGCAACCAAGCCUCUUCAGAUGCAGGUUCUCGGACUCCAGAUGAUUAUAAUGAUGAUGAUGUUGAUAUUGGUCCAGAGACACCAGAGUCUCCUCCUCCAUACCCAUCCAAUGGCACCAGUCCUUCUCCUCUCAUAAUGUGGUCUCCAGUGGGUUCAGAGUCAUCCAUGCAUCCUCCCAGUUGUCCCCCAUCAAUCGAGGUCUGGCCGAAAGAGGAGCCUACCGAUGUGGAGAUGCACCCAUCGCCCAUGGUUGAAAUGCCCAGUCCUCCUCUGCCCGAUCCCUUGCUGCAGCCCCCUCUGCUGUCAGAACAAUUUUUUGCCUCUCCAGAAAUGUGGAUCAGCUCCCUCCCAAUGACAGAUCUGGAGGUGCAGUUCCUGUACAGAGGGAAGGAGAUGUGUCCCACUGUGACUGUGAGCAACCCACAGGGCUGCAGGCUGUUCUAUGGGGAUCUUGGGCCCAUGGUCAACCAGGAAGAGCUGUUUGGGCCAGUAAACCUGGAACAGUUGCGCUUCCCGACCCCAGAGCACAUCACCAAUGACAAGCAGAGGGUCUUUACCACCCGCCUGCUGGAUGUGAUGGACCGAGGUCUAAUCCUGGAGGUCAGCGGCCAUGAUAUCUACGCAAUCCGCCUGUGCCAGUGUAAGGUGUACUGGUCCGGCCCCUGUGCUCCAAACACAGCUGCACCAAAUCUUAUAGAGAGGCAAAGGAAGGUCAAACUCUUUUGUCUGGAGUCUUUUCUCAGCGGUGUGAUAGCUCACCAGCGUGGCCUGACUCCAGACCCUACUGGGUUUGAAAUCAAUCUUUGUUUUGGAGAAGAGUGGCCCGAUGGAAGACCCAAGGAGAGAAAACUCAUCGUGGUUCAGAUCAUUCCUGUAGUGGCCCGAAUGAUCAGUGAGAUGUUUUCUGGAGACUGCACCCGAUCUUUUGACAGCGGCAGUGUUCGCCUGCAGAUUUCAGUCCCAGACAUCAAAGACAACAUAGUGACCCACUUAAAGCAGUUGUAUUGCCUACUGCAGACCCACCAAGGCCAGGACGGCUGGGCUUUGCCUCCUGGUCCAGGCCUAAACAUGGUCUUUUCAGACUCUGAGAAGCAACCCACACUGUGAACUAAUAUGUCUGUAGGUUUCACACUGCCACUGAAAGUUGCCAGUUCUUAACCAAGAAGUACUAAUGUGUAAUCAAAUCUAGAAGUGUGUGCAUUAUGCUUUAAGAUUUCUAUGCCUUUCGACUUCUUUCUAGUAAAACUGUGCUGUGACUAUGCUUUUUUUUUUUUAUAUUUAAAAGUGGUGCAAAGAGUGGUGACUCAGUGUGCAAAAAAUAUAAACAGAUGUGGUUGCUAUGUGGGCCAGAGUCCUGCUUGUUACAAGGCAACACUUAUCAUAGUUAAUGAGUAACAGAUAUUGCCCUAUGUCUUAUUUAUCCAAAUCGGGUAGUGAUUACCUGACUGUACUAGACAUGGUCAGUCAUGACCUGGGGACAGAUGUCUCUUUAUCUUUUGACCCUACAUAACUUGGAGCAAUGUAUCUAACAAGGGAUUUUAUAGUUAGAAAAAAAUUAGGCAAAUGUAAAUCAAAGUAUGGAUAGCAACAGAUUUUUACAGUUCCUACAUGGCAGUACAGUCCAGUGAUAUUUGAAACAUUUAGGUGGAUCAACUCUUUAAAGACACUCACAGAAUCGUAAGUUUUCCACAGUAGAGUUUGAUCAGCAUUUUGUCUUUAGCCAUUUUAAUUUCCCAUUAACCGUGUAGGGUAUUAUUAUUAUUGUUAUACUGUAUAUUUCAUUUAAGUCACUUAUAUCCAGGCUGCCUUUUAACUAAAUGACAAUCAGCUACAUGGGUUUCUUUUUAAAUGGAUUCCACUGCACUUUGGGCGCUGAAUUGUUUUAUGGCAUGUUGGGUGUAUUUACCAUCUGAUUGCAUGUUAAUUUUACCAAUAAAAAUGCUAAGAUA